AUGUGCAGGGCCCAGGACCGCAGGGCUCUGCAGCGGGUGAUUAAAACUGCGCAGAAGAUCAUUGGCACCCAUGUCCCGAGCAUCAGUGAUAUCGAUAACCCCACACAGAUCUCGAGUGUGUCGGUGGCUGUUAAGGUCCUGGACGUGAAUGAUAAUCCUCCCUCGCUGACGCACUACUUGGAGGCUUAUGUGUGUGAAAACGCCAAAGCAGGGCAGCUGAUCCAAACUGUGACGGCGGUGGACCCAGAUGAGCCGCUGGGCGGACAACACUUCUACUACAGCUUAUCUCCGGAGGUCGCCAACAACCCCAACUUCACCCUGAGAGACAACCAAGACAACACAGCGUGGAUCCUGACGCGGCGCGGAGGCUGGUCACAGCAGGACCAGACCGUCUUCUACUUGCCCAUCUUCAUCUCUGACGGCGAGCAGCCGGUCCAGACCAGCACCAGCACUCUGACCAUCCGCGUGUGCAGUUGUGACCAGGAGGGCAACGUCAUGUCGUGCAACGCCGAGGCGUACAGCCUGCCCGCAAGCCUCAGCAGAGGAGCACUCAUCGCCAUCCUGGCCUGCAUCUUUGUCCUGCUGGUGAUGAUUCUACUCAUGCUUUCCCUGCGCACCCAUCGUAAGAAGCCCUACCUGUGUGACGAGGAGGAAAAUGUCCACGAGAACAUUGUGCGCUAUGACGAUGAAGGUGGCGGAGAGGAAGACACUGAGGCCUUCGAUAUCGCCGCAAUGUGGAACCCACGUGAGGCGCACCAUCACCUGGGGAAGAUGAGACAGGACAUGCUGCCAGAGAUUGAAAGCCUGUCACGUUAUGUCCCUCAGGCGUGCGUCAUGGGCGGUGGCGGGGAUAGUAACGUUCACGGAUAUGUGCUGGCGAAGCUCCUGGAGGCCGACAUGGACCCAUGCGCCCCACCUUACGACUCCCUGCAAACCUACGCCUACGAGGGGGAAGGUUCGGUCGCUGAGUCGCUCAGCUCGCUCCAGUCGGGGACAUCCAGUGCCGACCAUGAGUAUGACUAUCUCAACGACUGGGGGCCUCGGUUUAAAAAACUCGCCGAGAUGUAUGGCGUACUGGAGACAAACAGUGCUCCAAUGUGGUAGAACACCUGAACCUUUGCCUUUUUAAUCUGAGAUAAAUUACACGAACAAAAAGAUAAAAGAGAGACAAAAACAUCAGAGAAGUGACACAAAAAGUGUGCAAGAAAGACACAAAAAGCUGGGAUGUGUUCACGUUCACAUCCAUGACCGUUAGCACUUGAAUUCCUGCCGAAGCCUUGGUUCUCCGCAGCCUUGAAGGCCUGAGAUGCCCGCAGCAGCAGUGUGAGCUGGUUUUAAAUCUCCCCCAGAGACGGGCUGGAUUGGCAGCCUCAUGAGGCCCGCAAAGGAACGGCUUCAAAGCACAUGUUAACUCCCCCGCCUGACCCACCCACAGGCAGAGCCCCUUUGGUUCAAAGUGUCAGAGAUGAAAACAAGAGCGAGAGAGAGACUACCUUACUCACAGCAACACAGGAGACAAACUCUGAAAUGCUGAUCCACUGCUCUGAGUUUGGGCUUUUAUACGACCCAAGUCAAAGCGAAAGCGAGAAGUCAUUGCUGCGAUCGCAGAUGUGGUUUUUUUUUGGUUCAUCUGUGGCAGGUCUUAAUUUAUUUCUUUGUUUCAUGUGCUGUAUUUAUAUUUGUUGCUAACUUAUUUGGGUACUUCAAACCAACACUGUAGUUAAACUUUCGCUUUGUGAGGUAUUGUAACAUACAUGAUGUAAUUGCCCUUGUUUCAGUCUGUGUGAUGGAGUUUUUCAUCUCUAAAUGUCACGUGACAUGCACAGGAGAUGGCAAUGUGUAAUCCCAUAUGGGUUUUCCCGGUUGAUAUGUUUUUUGUAUCAUUGUUUUUGUAUAAUUUUUGAGCUAUUUGUAUUGUAACUCUGUUUUUUCCCCAAAAACAUUAAGCAAUUAGACAGUCAUGAGGAUAUGAUGGAGGCCAUUUUUGAAAAAUUUUUGAUGGAACUGGAUACAUCCCAGCAGAGAGAGUCAAAUUCUCAAGCGGAAAGUUCUGCACAUCACCCCCGUACCUGGACUGGCACAUGACCGAGUCGCCUUUCAUUUCGGAUCUACCACCGUGCCAACCAGAGUCCGACGGCAAUGAGGCUUGAUCUGUCCUGUCAGAGAUAAUGUGUUGCUUUUCUGCCACCACACAAAUGUGGCUUAAUCCUCCAAUCAUGUGGACUUCAGAGACAUUGAUAAUCUGCAUUAAGUGCCAAAUGUAAAAAGGACAAAAAAAAGACGUUUUUGGAUGAAAAAAACUAAACAGCAAAACACAAACACCAAAAAAUAAAAAUGGAUUUUACAAACUGCGAGGGAAGAAGAUACAUUUUGAUAAUUUGAUUGAUUGAAGUUUACU